AUGCCAGAGCCCGGGCCGGACGCCCCCGGCACGGCUAGUGCGCAGCCCCCGCCGCCGCCGCCCCCGCCUCCCGCGCCCAAGGAGUCCCCGUUCUCCAUCAAGAACCUGCUCAACGGAGACCACCACCGGCCGCCCCCUAAGCCGCAGCCACCCCCACGGACGCUCUUCGCUCCGGCCUCGGCCGCCGCCGCUGCCGCCGCCGCCGCCGCUGCGGCCAAAGGGGCCCUGGAGGGCGCCGCAGGCUUCGCGCUCUCGCAGGUGGGCGACUUGGCUUUCCCCCGCUUUGAGAUCCCGGCGCAGAGGUUUGCCCUGCCCGCGCACUACCUGGAGCGCUCCCCGGCCUGGUGGUACCCCUACACCCUGACCCCCGCCGGUGGCCACCUCCCGCGACCUGAAGCACCGGAGAAGACCCUCCUGCGAGACUCCUCCCCCGCCUCCGGCACUGACCGCGACUCCCCCGAGCCAUUGCUCAAGGCCGACCCCGAUCACAAGGAGCUGGACUCCAAGAGCCCCGACGAGAUCAUUCUAGAGGAGAGCGACUCGGAGGAAGGCAAGAAGGAGGGCGAGGCGGCGCCUGGCCCGGCCGGGGCGGGCGUAGGAGCGGCGGCGGCGGCGGCGGCGGGCGCCGAGGACUGGAAGAAGGGCGCCGAGAGCCCUGAGAAGAAGCCUGCCUGUCGCAAGAAGAAGACGCGCACGGUCUUCUCGCGGAGCCAGGUCUUCCAGCUGGAGUCCACCUUCGACAUGAAGCGCUACCUGAGCAGCUCGGAGCGCGCGGGCCUGGCCGCCUCGCUGCACCUCACGGAGACGCAGGUCAAGAUCUGGUUCCAGAACCGCCGCAACAAGUGGAAGCGGCAGCUGGCGGCCGAGCUGGAGGCGGCCAACCUGAGCCACGCGGCGGCGCAGCGCAUUGUGCGGGUGCCCAUCCUCUACCACGAGAACUCGGCGGCUGAGGGUGCGGCCGCCGCGGCCGCGGGGGCCCCGGUGCCCGUCAGCCAGCCGCUGCUCACUUUCCCGCACCCGGUCUACUACUCGCACCCGGUGGUCUCGUCCGUGCCGCUGCUACGGCCCGUCUGA